AUGGCUCCCAAAGCAUCAGAAGAGCCCAACGUACGCUCGGAACAGUUCAAUUGGGUCAGGGAUCUGCAUAAAGAUCUCGCUGCAGCCAAGACACCGGAGCAACAGCGAAAAGUUCUGAUUCAAUACACAAACGAUCUUCUCGCCAGGCGAAAGCACCUCGCCGGCGAUGCGGACGCUCUCGUGAGACUACCGCAAUGGAACAAGUGCCGCCGAUCCAUCAGCGAGGAAGCGGUGGAGGCAAUAGAGGCCAUUGCCGGAUCGAAAGCUCGGGGUGGCAAGACUUGCGACGAAAUCUGCUCGCUACUGAAGCGGCUUGUGGCGACAUGGGGAGAUGAAAGAAUUGUGCAUUACGAAUGGAGUCUGCUCGGUCGUGCAGCGUUGCAAGCCCUUGCGAGGGUAGCCAAGCGCUUCCCAGAGUGGGAGCAAUUUACGGAGGUCGCCAACGAACGCCUGCUUCAGCGACACGAAUCUGCGAGAAAUGGAGGCAAGGCCAUUGGCAUAGGCGCCCACUGCUCCCAGGAUCAAAUCAAGAAUCGUAAUUCACCCUUGGGAAAAGCCGACUUCAACCACAUCGAGAAUGCAGAUACGAAAUCCACCGCUGCCAAUGUUGAUGCCUGGAUCAAACUCUGCCCCUGCCUGGCCAUACCCGAUGACCAAUCGGCAUUUUGGUCCGUUACUUUGGACAAGUACGGUUUACUUGUUCCAGCAACAGAGUCGGCCCCACGCACGCUCUGCAAACAAUGCGAAUCCAACCGGGGAAGUGCUGCUAGUAGCCGGGCGACUCGUAAGCGUCCUGCACUCGACACGGACACCAACGACUUGAAUCCCAUGGAGAAACGCCCACGAGAUGAACUGGUGGUCAACUGCGAUCCGAAGAGCGCCGACGAUGUGCUGGAAAAUGGUCAUCGUGGCAAGGAGGAUUUCUGCCAAAGGAAUGGAAGGACACAGGAUGAUGGGGCUCGAGUUGCAAUGGAACAAGAUGAUUGCAACCAAGCAGGACGAGAAGACACCUCUCGAUCCAAUGGCAUUGAGCAGCAUGCUGAGCCAGUUCUGCCAUUCAACAUCUUCAAUGCAUCAGACAAUCCACAUUGCAUCCGAUGCAGAGGUCUUUGCAGUUUGUGCAUCCUUCCACCUGGGUGUACGAAUGGAGCCGCGCUCAAGUUCCACAGAGCAGCGCAUGAGGCCGCAGGUAUGAAACAUCUGCAUGAAGACGAAGAGUCAAGUCCAUGGCUCCGUAAGAUCCACUUCGCAUCUCGUUGGCAGAAGGACGACAAGUCCGUCACGGAGAAGGAUGCCGACGUCUGGGAGCUGGACGAGGAGGAUCUCACGCAGCGAUCGCUUCGUGGCGAGAGCUUCCCCAAACCCGUCAUCUCGAAACAGAAAUUUGGAGACAGUGGUGCUUUGAGUCUAGAAGGCUACAUGGACAAGCUUCGUUCGACAUACGCCGGGAACUUGAAGAUCGCCGUCCAUGAUGGAGUUACUGGGACCCCCGAGACUUUGCCGGUAGACGAGCUUCUGCAACACCUUGAAAAGGUAAUCGAGAACAGCAAAGAUAACACAGACAUCGAUCAGCUCUCGGCGGAGAGCAAUUCCACGACCGAGAACAUGCACCUGAAUGCACUCAGCCUUCCUGAGACGACGAAAGCUGACCUCCCGCGAAUUGCUUCUUUGGAUCGGUUUCUCCUCUUGUCAAAGCUGAUUGAUCGCUGGAAGGCAAUCAAUUGUGGCAACAAUCUUGUCGGCAAGAUCGCUGAGGCCACUCCCUUCGACAUUGCUUCUUGCCUCGAGUUCAACAUCCUUGGUUGUCCGGGUGCCUUCUCGGGUGCGCAUCGUGAUCUCAUUGGGGGCACGUGGGUACGCACCCUGUUCGGCAGGAAGAUCUGGUGGGUGGUCGACUGGGAGAAGCUGUCGGAUGAGGAGCGCGAAGCCACAGCGACUCAAGGCAAGACAUGGCAACCGAAUGGUACUGAGCGCGCUAUACUCCUCGAACCAGACGAUGUCCUCAUCAUGCCGCACGAACGCCCCGUUGUUCAUGCUGUCCUUACUCUGGAAACGGCGCUGAUGAGGGGAGGGAUGUUCUGGGAUGAGAAGAACAUGGAGUCCAUGCUGGAGCACUUGAAAUGGAUCGCCACUCGACCCAACAGUACCAAUGAGCCGGCCGCGUACCAGCUUCCGGCGAUUGUUGAGACGCUGGGCGAAUGGCUGACCACCACCGGAAAAGAGACUGAAAGUCUUCACAAGCUUCUGGGAGAGCUUCGCGACACUGGAUGCAAUUGCAAGAACGGCGAGAAGGGCAAGAAGGGAAAGCAUGGCAAAUGUGCAAAGACCACUUGCCCAUGCAUGCGUCGCAACUCGAGGUGCACUGCCUUCUGUGCAGGCCAUCCUUCCUUUCCACCAGCUGGUAGAUCGAAAGGCUGCAUGGAGUGA